CUUGAGGUGUUCACAAGAAAGAGCUCCGUGUAGAACCCGAGCGAGUGUGACUGACUGGGGAAAAACAAAACAAACUCUCACUUUGUUACUCGCAUCCCUGUGCAAACACAAAUGUAAAAUAAAUCAGUGGUUGGAGUUCACAAUGGCUGUGAAAGCGGUGCACCUGGAAUCGGACGCUUUUUUGGUGUGUAUGAAUCACGCGCUGAGUACCGAGAAGGAAGAAGUUAUGGGGCUUUGCAUUGGAGAGGUUGACACAGGCAGAAUUGUCCACAUCCACUCAGUAAUCAUCCUGCGGCGGUCAGACAAGAGGAAGGAUCGUGUGGAGAUCUCUCCAGAACAGCUGUCUGCUGCAUCCACUGAAGCUGAGAGGUUAGCUGAAAUGACUGGACGGCCAAUGCGAGUGGUGGGCUGGUACCAUUCCCACCCACACAUCACAGUGUGGCCGUCGCAUGUUGAUGUGCGGACCCAGGCAAUGUACCAAAUGAUGGACCAGGGUUUUGUUGGGCUGAUAUUCUCUUGUUUCAUUGAGGAUAAGAACACAAAGACCGGGAGGGUGCUCUACACCUGCUUCCAGUCCGUGCAGGCACAGAAGGGCUCUGAGUACGAAAGAAUCGAGAUCCCAAUCCAUGUGGUCCCUCAUGAAACAAUUGGGAAGGUGUGCCUGGAGUCUGCCGUGGAGCUCCCCAAGAUUCUGUGUCAGGAGGAGCAGGAUGCUUACAGGAGAAUCCACAGUCUUGCUCACCUGGAUCUAAUAACAAAAAUUCACAAUGGCUCAGUCUUCACGAAGAAUCUUUGCAGCCAGAUGUCGGCUAUCAGCGGGCCCCUGUUGCAGUGGCUGGAGGACAAGGUGGAGCAGAACAAGCAGAAUAUAGCUGAGCUGCAGCUGGAGAAGGAGAGACUGACACUGGAGCUCACAGACCUGGACUGAGCAGGACAGCCGUGCUGGAUGUGUACAAACUAGCAGGACACUAUAAUGCUGCUGUGCAAAACACCUCCGAGCAGGGGGAGGAGACGCCAACAGAGGAGCAGCAAGGUUCUAGGACUACAGCCCAUGGAAAACUAGGCAACUUUCAGGGGACUGGUAGCACUUUGUAAUCAGUAUUCACUUCGUAGCUCCAGCCAUGGCUGUUCAGAUAUUGUAACUUGUGCACAAGGGAAAAUUACUUAGAAAUGUCACCUACAAGAAGUUUCUUAAGUUUCCAGAAAAAAAUGCCUGAAAGUUGCCUUGUUUUUCAUGGGAUUAACACACAUUUUGAGGGAUAAAAUCAUUUUAAUGGUAUAAAACUAGCAAGAAGCUACUCCUAAACAACAAUUUAAUUGCAUAUUCCAAUAAGAAACUAAGUGAGGGGGGCAAACAUUUUGGCCUUCUUCAGUGUACUAGCCAAAAGACUUGUCUACAAGACAGUUUCUUUACAAUUCGGAUUUAAGUUCUCAAUGCUUCUUCCUAGUUUUGUGCCAUUAAAACUGCUUUAUUCCACUUUGAAAAUCAGCUUUUUGCAUUUUAACUGGAUUCAAAAUAGGGUCCUGUGAGUCCUGUGUAAAGGACAACACCUACUAUUUGUAGUUCAGCUUGUAGUAGAGUUUUGUUGCUGAGAUAACAUUAAUACAGCAUUUUUCUCCAUGGCAGUAUUGAAAAGUGGAGUUUACAAUCACCCUGCUAUUUGAUUGUCCUUUAAAGGUUGUAAAUGUAAGCAACAGGCCAUGGGCUCAGCUUUUGAAAGGUUUUGUUCCAGGGUAACAUUUCUAAGCAACAAAAUAAUGGAAAUGUUGCUCUUCUCUUCGCUUGUUGGUUACAACAGGAAAUCGGCUGAUUUGAACUCUUCAGUUUACUCGACUCCUGAGGUUUUUGAUUUUUAGUUAAAAUUGACAGCAGAGGCAGGUCCAUUACCACUCUGAUAUCUGAACUAACAUGUGCCUCUCCAAACAGCAUAUCCUAAUUGCUAGCUGCUGUACCAUAGCUCUGCUUUACUGAAUGGACUAUUGAAAUCCAAUCUACAGCGUGUGAGUAGAUGUUAGCUAACUUAGCUUGACCUUGUUCAGUGGUAUAUUGGCUUUGAAAGCUGGGCCCCAUGUCUUCUGCUUUGACAUUACAAGUGAUUGUUUACGUCAUGCUGCUUGUGUUUUGAAUUUGAAUGCACUGAAUUUUGGUUGUUUUUGGGUAAGUUGUUUGUCUCCAGCCAAACAAAAAUACUGUAAAUCAACUUUGAAAUCAAUAUCCAAAUUUUGAAAUCUGAACAAACUCAGAAUUAGUUGUUAACUAAUUUCACGAGUUUUCACAUGGCCUUGCAGACAAUACAAACAAGGUGGCAGUUAUUUUGUUGCAUAUCAUUUAAAAAGAACAUAUACUUUCAAAGGUAAGGAACAGUGAUGUGUAAAAUAGGAUGCUGGUUGUGAAAUUAGUAAGUGUUUCAAUGCAAGCUUGUUAAAUGUUUUUUGUUUGUGAAAGUUACGCACUUUUAUGGAAAAUAAAAUCCUGAACUCCUGCA